AGAUUAUUAUCAGUAAACAACAAAAUGUUCAAGUUCGUAGUUUUGGUCUCAUUGAUUGCUUGUGCUCUUGGAGCCGCCAUUCCCGAAGACGGUUCUAUUCCAGAGGAAACUCCCGAUUUGGUUGAACCAAUUCCAGAUGGUUUGGUUGUUCUUCCCCAAUUAGACGGUCGUAUUGUUGGUGGACAAGAUGCAUCAAUCUCCAAAUACCCAUACCAGAUCUCUCUCCAACGAAGUGGUUCCCAUUCCUGCGGUGGCAGCUUGUACAGCAACCGCGUUGUCGUCACUGCUGCUCACUGUCUGCAAAACGUCGCUGCUAGCUCAUUGAAGGUUCGUGUUGGUUCAACCCAAUGGAAUAAUGGUGGAGCCCUUGUUGGUGUUGCUUCAUUCAAAAACCAUCCCAACUACAACUCUAGGACCAUGGUCAACGAUAUUGCUAUCAUCCAUUUGAGCUCUGCUGUUUCCCUAAACUCCAAUGUUAGGACCAUUGCUUUGGCUAGCUCUGCCCCAGCUCAUGGAACAAGCGCUGUUGUCACUGGAUGGGGUACCCGUUCUUCCGGUGCAUCUAGCAUCCCAGCUACUCUUCAACAAGUCAAUGUCAAGAUUGUCAGCAGGGCCCAAUGUGGUUCCAGCUCAUACUCAUACGGAUCCAGCCAGAUUAGGGAGACCAUGAUCUGUGCCGCUGCUCCCGGUAAGGACUCGUGCCAAGGAGAUUCUGGUGGCCCAUUGGUUGCCAACGGUGUCCAAGUUGGUGUUGUCUCCUGGGGAUAUGGUUGUGCUCAAUCCAACUAUCCAGGUGUCUACUCUGAUGUUGCUGCUCUCAGGUCUUGGGUUCAAUCCAAUGCAUAAGAACUUACAGCAUGUUAUGUAGAUAUGUUUGAAAAAUAAAAGUCGUUUAUUCAGAAA